AUGACGAAGGAAAGGAGGCCUCAAGAAAUAAACUAUUGGGCUUCAAUCUCACCUGCAGCUUGGGUCCACCGCACCCCACCCACACGAGCAAGUGAGAAGAGCGAGAUGACGCCCAGCUUCCGCCGCCACCGCCGCCUCCGCCCCCGCCCGGCGUCGGCGCCGCCGCUGGAGGACGGCGACCUGCUCGACGAGAUCCUCCUCCGCCUCUCCCCGGAUCCGUCCUCCCUACCGCGCGCCUCCGCCGUCUGCACCCGCUGGCGCCGCCUCGUCUCCGACCCCGGCUUCGUCGGCCGCUUCCGCCUCCGCCACCGCCGCAGCCCUCCCAUCCUCGGCUGCUUCAUCAGGGACAAGCAAAGUCCGGUCGUCUCCUUCGUACCCACCAUGGAGGCCCCCAAUCGUGUCCCCGCCGAGCGCUUCUCCUUGCAGCUCGGCGGCCGCGGCCCCAUCACUUUCCUCGACUGCCGCCACAGCCUCCUGCUCAUGUUCCUCCCGUAUUGGAUCAAGGUCCUGGUGUGGGACCCCGUCACCGGAGACCAGCACCGCCUAGACAUUCCCCCGGGGUUCGACACGAAGCAGGGGAUCGGCGGGGCGGUGCUUCGCGCCGCCGGGGCCAUCCGCCACUUCCAGGUGGUCUUGUUGGGCAGAGACAAACAAGUGAUCACCGCCUGCGUCUACUCGUCCGAGGCGGGCGUAUGGGGCAAUCUCGUCUCGACUCCGCUUCCAAAUGAGGUGCCAGUUGACUUCGAUUUUAGGGGGGUGCCUGUGCUGAUUGGGGAUUCCCUUCACUAUCUGAUUACGGGUGUCUGUUCUAGAAUCCUUGAGUUUGAUUUGAAUAAGAGGAUCCUAACCGUGAUAGCAGGGCCUGUAGAUAUUCUUGAUGUGGGUAGUUGCCAAUCCACGGUUAUGCGGGCAGAGGAUGGUGGGCCUGGUAUUCUAUUCAAGUCUGACUGCAAUGUCCAGUUGUGGAGGAGGAAGAUUGAUUGUGAUGGCCAGGCUUCAUGGGUGCUGGGAAGAACUUUUGAGCUAGACACGCUACUUUCCCUGAAUUCAGAGGAGAAAGAGCCCACGGUGAUGCUAGGCUUGGCUGAGUACAAUAAUGCGGUGGUGGUGCAGACGGUUGCCGGCCACUUCAUGGUCCAGCUUGAGUCAUUGCAAUUCAAUAAGAUGUACGAAGCCAGCAGUUGGCAUUUCCAUCAACCAUUCGAAAGUGUCUAUACUGGAGAAACAAGCAUUGGUGGUGGAGGACACAAUGGAGCUGAACUUUUGCACAACACUUAA